AUGAAGAAGAAGCAAGCUUACAUAGAAAGAGAACGCGAGCAAGGUCACCUCAGAUUAUGGAAUGAUUAUUUCUCUGAAGAUGCCACUUACCCGGCACAUAUUUUCCGACGCCGUUUUAGAAUGAACAAGGAUUUGUUCCUGCGUAUUGUUGACCGACUUUCUCAUGAAAUUCCAUAUUUUCAACUGAGAAGAAAUGGUCAUGGAAGGCUUGGUCUAUCUGGACUACAAACAUGUACGGCUGCAAUAUGUAUUAUGGUGUAUGGUUGUGCUGCUGACGCGGUAGACGAGUACCUCCGUCUCGGUGAAAGUACUGCAAUUCUUUGCUUGGAAAAUUUCACAGACGGAAUAAUACAAUUGUUCGGAGAUGAGUACCUACGAAGACCCACACCUGAAGAUCUGCAAAGGUUGCUCCAUAUCGGAGAGAUGCGUGGGUUUCCCGGUAUGAUAGGAAGCAUUGGUUGCAUGCAUUGGGAAUUGAGGAAUUGUCCUACAGCUUGGAAAGGCCAAUAUACCCGUGGUGCCGGAAAACCGACAAUCGUCUAA